AACCCCGCGGUCUCCAAUGGCUGCCGUGUCUUCUCUAGCUUUCUUAUCUCUCCUUAUCUUCCUCUUUUGCAUCCAUGCAAGGAUAGUUGCUGCCUCUUCCGACUACGGUUAUAAAACCUACAUUGUUUACGUCUCCGAGUCCGUAAAGCCACCCGUUAACACCUCCCACCAUGACUGGUACUCCUCUAUUCUCCAGUCCCUCUCUCCUCUAUCCACUGAUCUUGACACAUAUUACUCCUACUCUUUAGUUUGCCCUGCUGAACCAUUGUCCACGGUACUUCCAUACCAGAGUCCAAGUAACGUGUAUUAUGACCUUCCCAAGACCAAACUCCUCUAUUCCUACGAGCACGCUAUCCAUGGCUUUGCCGCCCGCCUUAGCGCCUCCCAGGCUGAAGAGCUCCGUCAUCAACCCGGAAUUCUGUCUGUCAUCCCAGACAGCAUCUCCCAGCUUCAAACCACCCGCAGCCUUCAAUUCCUCGGCCUAGCUGACUCCUGGGGCAUCUGGCCCAACACCAACUAUGGUGAGGACAUCAUCAUCGGCAUCCUUGACUCCGGCAUUCGGCCUGACCAUCCUAGCUUCUCCGAUGCAGGCCUUUCUCCUGUUCCAUCAAGCUGGAGAGGAGGAUGCGAAACAGCGUUGGACUUUCCCUCAGGUUCAUGCAACAGAAAACUCAUUGGUGCCAGGGCUUAUUACGGAGGAUACGAGGAAAACAUGAGAAGGUCCUUAGAGGAGAUGGGAGAAUCUAAGUCGCCUACGGAUUACGACGGUCACGGAACGCAUACGGCGUCUACAGCAGCUGGGUCGGUGGUCAGCAGUGCAGGUUUCUAUGCAUAUGCUACAGGCGAAGCCAAAGGAGUGGCGAUUAAGGCCAGGAUUGCAGCAUACAAAGUCUGUUGGAGAGGUGGAUGUUUCGAUUCUGAUAUAUUAGCAGCCUUGAAUCAAGCUAUAUCAGAUGGAGUUCAUGUGCUUUCGUUGUCCCUCGGCAGAAGCCCAGCUAUGCCGUAUGACGAGGAUCCAAUUGCAAUUGCUGCAUUUCAUGCUGCAGAGCGCGGAAUUCUUACUUCUGCUUCAGCGGGAAAUUCGGGUCCUAGCUACCGGACUGCCGUCAAUAUUGCACCUUGGAUUCUUUCUGUUGGUGCAUCCACCAUCGAUCGGGAGUUUCCAACGGAUGUUGUUCUUGGCGAUGGAAGCAUUUUACAAGGUGUAUCUUUGUACUACGGCAAGCCUCUAGUGAAUGCUCUGCUUCCCCUUGUUUACGCCUCAGGUGCUGGAAGCAGAUUCUGUCACCAAGGAGAACUCGUUCCUUCCAUGGUCACGGGAAAGAUUGUGGUGUGCGACGUUGGGGGUGAUACUGGGGGAGUUGCCAAAGGAUAUGCAGUCCACCUCGCCGGUGGCGUGGGGAUGAUACUCGCCAACACUGAGGAACAAGUGGAGGGACUCAAGUCGGAAGCCCAUCUAAUUCCAGCCACCAUGGUGGGGGUAACAAACGGCAACAUAAUUAAGAACUACGUCAGGUCCCAAUUAGCACCGACGGCUAUAAUUAUCUUCAGAGGAACGGUGGUGUGGAUCACACCAUCGGCGCCACGGGUGGGGGUAUUCUCCAGCCGUGGUCCAAAUGUUAUUACACAGGAGAUUUUAAAACCGGAUGUUAUUGCUCCUGGAGUGAAUAUCUUAGCCGCCUGGUCCAAGUUUGCUAAUCCAUCCGGUUUUGACGGCAACAUAGAUCAGAGACGAGUGGAUUUCAAUAUUAUAUCCGGCACCUCCAUGGCGUGCCCUCACGUCAGUGGAAUAGCAGCUCUGCUUCGCAAAGCUCGUCCCUACUGGUCUCCGGCAGCGAUAAAAUCAGCUAUUAUGACCACUGCUUAUAAUGUCGACAACAAUGGGAGGAACAUUGUGGACCUUGCCACUGGCGUAGCAUCCACCCCAUUUGCUCACGGCUCGGGUCAUGUGGAUCCUAACAAGGCCCUUAAUCCGGGCUUGGUUUACGACAUGGGAACUAGCGAUUACGUGCAGUUCUUGUGUUCUAUUGGGUAUACUCAGUCUAGAAUUGCAGUCUUUGUUUCGAAUCCUGAGAGCUGCCGUCCAGGGAUGACACCUGGAGACGUCAACUAUCCCUCUUUCUCUGUGGUUUUCAGUCGUCAGAGAACCGUAGUUACGCAUACAAGAAGGGUUAGAAAAGUCGAGAGCACAGCAGCCGCAGUGUAUAAUGUCACAGGGAUUGCACCUGAGUUUGUGGAGGUCAAAGUGACGCCAGAUAAGCUGACGUUCGACCAAUACAGCGACACCUUGACCUACCAAGUCACCUUUACGAGUGCUGCAAUUGAGACAAUAGGCGACACUACUUCUACUUUUGGGUAUCUGGAAUGGAUUGAUGGGCAGCAGCAUAUUGUGAGAAGCCCUAUUGCAGUCCUGUGGAAUCGUGAUUCUUGGGUGGAUGCAAUGUAAGGUUUCAAGGGAAAAAAUAGUAAUGCAACCUUCUGGCUGUUAUAUGGUUGCAAAUCUAGUAUGCAACUUUCUGGCUGUUAUAUGAUUAUCGUUGUGUGCAUCUAUCUGAGAUAUAUUUGCAUACUUAUAUGCGAGUA